ACCGCGGAAAGGGACGGAGGGCGGGCGCCCGGGCCUUGGGGCGGGCGGGGCAGCCAUGCUCUUGUCUGGGGGUGAACCCCCAGCGCUGGAAUGGUUCAUGGUACAGACAAAAUCGAAGCCUCGGGUGCAGCGGCAGCGGCUACAAGUGCAACGCAUCUUUAGGGUCAAGCUGAACGCCUUCCGGAGUCGCCCCGACACCCCCUACUUCUGGCUGCAGCUCGAGGGCCCCCGGGAGAACACUAGCAAAGCCAAGGAAUACCUGAAGGGCCUGUGCAGUCCAGAGCUGUGGAAAGAGGUCCGCUACCCGCCAAUGCUGCAUUGUGCCUUCCUCGGCGCCCAGGGCCUCUUUUUGGAUUGCCUCUGCUGGAGCACCUUGGCCUAUCUGGUGCCUGGUCCUCCUGGCUCUCUGAUGGUAGGCGGGCUCACCGAGUCUUUCACCAUGACCCAGAACUGGCUGGAGGAGUUGGUAGCACGGCUGCACUGGGGCCCUGCACCUUUGCUGACCCCCCGGGGUAUCUGGGAGGCUGAGGUGACCCGGGCCUUUGGGGCCUUGGUAUGGAUCCGUGGUGACCAGUAUGCAGGGGACCUGCUGCAGCUGCCCCCAGCUGUUCAGGAGUUGCUGUUGAGCUUGGUGCGGGAUGCUGCGGGCAAGGAGGACAUCAUUGAGUGGCUCAGCCACUUCGGCAUCUCCAGCACCUGUGCCGGUCCAGAGGUCCUGAUCAGCCCUCCCCAGCAGCAAAAGGAAGACUCAGCUGUGGUGUCCACAGGAGACAGUCCUGGGCCCUUCCUUGAGAUGGGGACCUUCCAGAUUGAGGGCCCAGAAAAUCCGAAGAGAGUAAACAGCCUGGGAGCCACCAAGUCCUUGAUCCCAUUCCAGAACACCCUGCAGGGGACAACAAAACAGCUGGUACGGGUCAGUUCCAACAACCAAAGUGGUACGGACAGCGCGCAAGAGGAAGGGCUGGUACAAACCAGCAGCAGCCAGGACUCUCCAAACCACACACCAGCCUUGUUGCAGCAAAAGCAGGUCCAGAAGGUAGAGAAAUUCCUCUUCAAGCCUCCGGUGUCAGCUCUGGGUGUGUGUCCAUCCUGGAAGGCCUGGGCCCCAGGACCAGCCUUUGGGCCCUUGUGGCCGGGGACUAUUGCUGCAGCCUUCUGGAGGAUCAAUGAACUACAUUCUCUGCACCUGGCCUGGCUUCUGUCUCAGGCAUGCUUCAGUCUCCCAUUCUGGCAGAGACCACUGGGCCCCGUUCAGCUGAAGCUGCCAGGGCAGAGUGCUUUGCCCUUAAAUCUAGAGUGGAAGCAGAAGGAGCUGACUCCUUUGCCUAGUACAGAAGGCCCCGCUUGUAGACCAGAUGGGCAGCUGGGAGGAGAGGCAACUCUCCAGACCUGCCCAAGGCCAGAGACACCCCCAAGUAAAGUCAUGAGUUUAUUUGUGGUCCCAGGAGGCUCUGGUGAGAAGGACAAGGUUAGCUCAGGACGUCUACAUACAGCUUCUACCGCCCAAGCUGGAGAUAAACGAGGGAACCAAGGAGGUGUGCAGAAGGACUGUAAGUGGCUGGUAAAGGGGCCCUCUCCAGUGCCACCCACAGGACAGGGGGCACCCACAGCUCAAGGUAGGCCCAUGGCUGAAGGGGGGCUCACAACCCAGUCAGCACCUGGAGUUCAAACGGUGCCUGAAACUCUCAAAGUGCCCAUGGCUGCAGCAGUGCCCAAAGCUGAAAACCCAGCCAUAGCUGAAAGGCAGCCUGCAGCUCCCAAAGUGCCUUUGGCUCCAACAAAGCCUACUGUUCCCGUGGAGUCCACAGCUCCAAAAGCUGCUGCCAGUCAACCAGCAUCAGUUUCACAAGCUCAAGUGACAACUACAGUGCCAAAAACUGCCAUGUCUCAGAAGAUGCCUGCAGCCAAAACAUCACCUGCAGAUCCCCAAACACUCAAAGCUCACAGUGGGCCUGUGACUACAUUGGGGUCUGCAGCUCCUAAAAUAUCUGCAGCCCCCAAAGCACCUGCAGCUCCUAAAACAUUUGCAAUGCCCAAAGCAGUUGGAGCUUCUAAAGCCUCAAGAGUUCUCAGAACAUCUGCAGUCCAGAAGGUGCCUACAGGUGAAGGGCCAACCUUGGAUGUAGCCAGACUUCUAAGUGAGGCCCAGCCUUUGUCAAGAGGUGAUGCCUCCUCACCAAAGGGCCAGGGGGAGCCUGGAAGGCAGUGUGCCCAGCCCAGCAGCAGUAAGCACCAGCUUCAGGCAGAGGGACUUCUGAAGGAUUGGGAGGGGGGCCCAAGGCAGUCACCUCGCCACCCACAGGCAAACAGCAUAGUGACCAGCUUUCAGAGAUACCAUGAGGCCCUGAACACACCCUUUGAGCUGAACUUGUCAGGAGAACCCGGGAACCAGGAAUUGCGUAGAGUGGUCAUCGAUGGCAGCAGCGUGGCUAUGGUGCAUGGCCUCCAGCAUUUCUUCUCCUGCCGAGGCAUUGCCAUGGCAGUGCAGUAUUUCUGGAACCGGGGACACCGAGAGGUUACUGUGUUUGUGCCCACCUGGCAGCUGAAGAAGAACCGAAGGGUGAGAGAGAGCCACUUUCUGACGAAGCUCCACUCGCUCAAGAUGCUUUCGAUCACACCCUCGCAGCUGGAGAAUGGCAAGAAGAUCGCUACCUAUGAUUAUAGGUUCAUGGUAAAGCUGGCAGAGGAGACAGAUGGCAUCAUUGUUACCAAUGAGCAGAUUCACACCCUGAUGAAUAACUCUUCUAAGAAACUCAUGGUGAAAGAUCGCCUGCUGCCCUUCACAUUUGCGGGGAAUCUCUUCAUGGUACCAGAUGACCCCCUGGGCCGUGAUGGCCCCACCUUGGAUGAGUUUCUGAAGAAGCCAAACAGGUUGGACACAGACGUUGGAAACUUCCUGAAGGUGUGGAAGACCCUUCCACCCAGCUCAGCCAGUGUCUCUGAGCUGAGUAAUGGCCCUGACCCUAGGCCCUUGGAGGGCCCACAGUAUGUGGAAGAAGCCAGGGAGAAGAAGGAGGAAAGGCAAAAUGAAGAGUGGAGAGAGGGGCAGGGAACACUGGAGUGGGCUGAGGAAGAUGACUUGGACUCUUCUCUGGCAUCAGUGUUCAGAGUUGAGUGCCCCUCCCUUUCUGAGGAAAUUCUCCAGUGUCUCAGCCUCCAUGACCCUCCUGACGGGGCUCUGGACAUUGACCUCCUGCCAGGGGUGGCCUCUCCCCACCUGGGCAUCCCCUGGGAUGGGAAGGCUCCCUGCCAGCAGGUCCUUGCGCAGCUGGCCCAGCUCACCACCCCCAGCAACUUCACUGUGCUAUCCUUUUUUGUGGGGUUCAUGGACUCCCACCAGGAUGUCAUCCCUGACUAUGAAGCCCUCAUGGGCCCUUUACACAGCCUCCUCAAGCAGAAGCCAGACUGGCAGUGGGACCAGGAGCAUGAGAAGGCCUUCCUGUCCCUUAAGCGAGCCCUGGUGUCUGCCCUCUGUCUGGCGGCCCCCAAUUCCCAGCUGCCCUUCCGCCUGCAGGUGACAGUGAGCCAGGUGGCCCUGACAGCCAUCCUCUCCCAGGAGCACUCAGGGAGGAGGCAUCCCAUUGCCUAUACUUCGAAGCCCCUGCUUCCUGAUGAAGACAGUGAGGGCCCCCAAUCAGGCGGGGACAGCCCCUACGCUGUGGCCUGGGCCCUCAAGCAUUUUUCCCGUUGCAUUGGAGACACCCCCGUAGUCCUGGACCUUUCCUAUGCUUCCCGGCCCACUGUGACUUCUGAGGCUCCAGAGGGCCGCCGGCUUCCCAAAGCAUGGUUGAUCCGAUGGUCCCUUUUGGUACAAGACAGAGGCAAGAGAACCCUGGAAUUGGCCCUUCUCCAGGGCCUACUAAGGGAAAACCAGCUGCUGACGCCUGCUUCUGCGAUGCCUCGUUUCUUCCAGGUUCUGCCUCCUUUUUCUGACCUGUCCACUUUUGUCUGCAUCCACAUGUCGGGCUACUGCUUUUAUCGUGAGGAUGAGUGGUGUGCUGGUUUUGGCCUCUAUGUGCUGUCUCCCACCAGCCCUCCUGUCUCCCUGUCCUUUUCCUGCUCCCCUCACACCCCGACCUAUGCUCACCUGGCAGCUGUGGCCUGUGGCCUGGAGCGAUUUGGCCAGUCUCACCUCCCUGUGGUUUUUCUCACCCACUGCAACUGGAUCUAUAGCCUCCUCUGGGAGCUCUUGCCCCUGUGGAGAGCCCGGGGCUUCCUCUCCUCAGAUGGUGCUCCACUACCUCACCCAAGCCUGCUCUCCUACAUCAUAUCCCUCACCUCUGGUCUUUCAUCCCUUCCAUUCAUCUAUAGAACCUCCUACCGGGGCUCUCUGUUUGCUGUAACAGUGGAUAACCUGGCCAAGCAGGGUGCCCAAGGGGGUGGGCAGUGGUGGAAUUUGCCAAAAGAUGUGCCAGUCCCUGUUGUGAUUCCCCAAGCUGUGGGCAAGAGGCCUAACUUGCUGGCAUUACAGCUGAGUGACAGCACGCUAGCUGAUAUCAUUGCCAAGCUUCGUGCAGGGCAGAAGUUGUCUGGCUCCUCCCCCUUCAGUUCUGCCUUCAACUCGCUCAGCCUUGAUAGAGAGAGUGGGGUGCUUAUGUUCAAGGGUGAUAAAAAGCCCAAGGUCUGGGUAGUCCCAAGGCAACUCCGGAGGGAUCUCAUUUUCUCUGUGCAUGACAUCCCCAUGGGGGCCCACCAGCGACCAGAGGAGACCUACAAGAAAUUGCGGUUCCUGGGAUGGUGGCCUGGGAUGCAGGAGCAUGUGAAAGAUUACUGCAGGAGCUGCCUGUUUUGCAUCCCCCGGAAUGUCAUAGGCAAUGAGUUAAAGGUCAUUGAGUCCCCGUGGCCACUCAGAUCAACUGCCCCCUGGUCGAACCUGCAGAUCGAGGUGGUGGGCCCGGUCACCAUAAGCGAGGAGGGCCAUAGACACGUGCUCAUUGUGGCUGACCCCAACACCCGGUGGGUGGAGGCAUUCCCGCUGAAGCCCUACACACACAUGGCUGUGGCCCAGGUGCUGCUUCAGCAUGUGUUUGCCCGGUGGGGUGUGCCAGUGAGGCUGGAGGCAGCCCAGGGCCCCCAGUUUGCCCGGCAUGUCCUGGUAAGCUGUGGGUUGGCCCUGGGAGCACAGGUGACCUGCCUGAGUAGGGACUUGCAGUUCCCUGGCCUGGUCAGCUCAGAGGUCUACUGGGAAUUCAAGCGGGCCCUAAAGGAGUUUAUCUUCCUGCAUGGCAAGAAGUGGGUGGCCUCCCUGCCCCUGUUGCACCUGGCCUUCAGGGCUGCCUCCACAGUGGCCACGCCAUUCCAGGUCCUCACAGGAGGUGAGAGGAGGCUCAACGAACCCCUGUGGUGGGAAAUGAGCAGUGCUAAUAUUGAAGGGCUCCAGAUGGAUGGCUUUCUGCUGCAGCUAACUCAGGAGCUGUUGGAGCUACACUGGAGGGCAGCUGAGAAGGGCACUGAGAAGGCCGACAACAGGCGCUUCAAGCGGGAGAGCCAGGAGAAGGAAUGGAAUGUGGGUGACCAGGUCCUCUUGCUAUCCCUCCCCAGGAAUGGCAGCAGUGCCAAAUGGGUGGGUCCCUUCUAUAUUGGGGACCGGCUGAGUUUGUCUCUCUAUAGGGUGUGGGGUUUCCCAACCCCAGAGAAGCUGGGGUGCAUCUAUCCCAGCAGUUUGAUGAAGGCUUUUGCCAAGAGUGGCACACCCCUGUCUUUUAAAGCCUUGGAGCAGUGAGCUGAAGUGGUGGAGCCCCCUGCCCAGCGAGCGAGCGCUGGGUUUCUGCUGCUAGGCCUCCACCUGCCUCCUGCAGUGCUCUCAGCCCUUUGGGGCCCUCUGUUGUGCCUUGUGUAGAGAAGUCGCUUUCUAAAGCUUUGCUGAGUUGCCUUGAACUAGGGACCAGUGUCCUCAUGGAAACAACUCCACUUUUGGGGUAUUUGGAGAAUUUGCCAAAGGCUGUCAAAUGUGUGCCUGUGGUGAUUUUACACUGGGGAGUAGAAGGUCUCCUUAUUAAAGCAGGCCAGGUUCAGAGUCUUUCCCCAAGUACCUUCUUCCCCCUUCACACAUGUAGAUGUAUGGCGCACACGCACAUGUGCACACACGCCUAUCUUGUUCCUGGCUGUCUGAACCAUGAAAGUGUGAUGCUCCAGACUCACAGUUGGAACCACAGCCCUCUCCCAAAGAGGAACCUUGAAUGCAGCACUGCCCUUCAACCUGUGUUUCUGGGGAGCCUCUGCCCUUGGGGUUGUCACUGAUUUGAAUCUACAUUUGAAUCAAUGGAGAGGCAGCCGGUGCCUUAGCUUCACAGCCAGCUUUCUUAGGCUGGGCUUGAACUUGCCUGCUAUCUGGGAAGGGCUGGCAUUCUGGGCCUUGAGGGCAGUAGCUCAGGAUGGGAAGGAUGGCCAGCCUCAAGUCACCCACUUGUCAGCAUGGGAAAGACAGGGUGGGAUAAGUUGGUCUACCUCAUUUGACUCCAGCUGAUGGAGACAACUCCUGAUCCCUAUUGUGAUGGUGUUGGCUGCACAGGGGUCAAAGAUCUUGAUGCCAAGUGUGGCAUCUCUACUCAGAGAGCUGCUUCUACUAGACCAAGGGGCCUUGGCCUCUGUUUUAAGGCUUCAGAAUUGAGUUGUCUUUUUCCUCUCAAUCCUGCCCAACCCCAUCCCAAAGCCCAUGUCCCUCCUCUUUUUGCCUCCACUGUUGCCUGUAUCCUUAGACACUAGGUAGUAUGAUUGCUUUGUCUGGAGCCCCCUCCUACCCUCCAUUCCUCUGAACCCCUAGCUCCAGACAUGUACUCUACAGAGAUUGCUCUUAGUGAGUGAGCUCUCAUGGGUGUGUGUGUGUGUGCUUGCACUCAGUCCUCUGAAUUGGGGCUGCUGCUGAACAGCCAGUCUAGGUCAAGGCCAGCACUGUGUCUCCCUGGCUCAGCCGGAGUAGUUUCUCCAGACGCUGAGCCAGGAGAGAGCUUAGCGUCAAACCCAACUUGCUUGUUAUACAGCAAAGGAAAGAGGACCGAAGAAGGGGACUUGAUCAUAGUCACACAGCUAGUUGGUGGCUGAAUUGGGGCCAGGAUUAAGUUUACUAACUCACAGUUCACUGUGAAAAGUGUUCUGAUAACAGAUUCAAGCAAGAGAAUCCUUUCAAAUUCUGUACUCAUCUGUUGUGUCAUUUUCCAACUCUGGUGGAUAAACUACCUGGAUGUUGCCCUUAAAUCCAUUCCAGUUGUUAAUCCUAUGUGGGAAUGAAUGACUGAGUGACAGUGGGGAAUCUGGAAAGAUUGGCAGUAGUGUUUUUAGCACAUACUCUAUAUUCUCACUCACCCUUGCCCCUUCUCCUCUUCCUCCAGUUCCCUAGUGGCAUUUCCAACCUCACUCGCCCCCCACCCCCGCCCUCUGUGCGGUGUGCUUUCUCCCUGUCAACUACAACUUUGAUCUGUACCUGUUUCUUAAGUGAAUUUUUUCAUUUUGUCAAUAAAUGAAUUAAA